AUGUUUGGAAUUAACCGUUUAAAUUCUUCCUCAGGGUUCUACAGCUACCGCUUCACCGUCCCCGGCACGUACUACUACAGCAGCGGCUACGUCGGCGCCUCCAUCCUGAUGCAGGGAGCAGUGAAGGUCAUGAGUCGGGAGGAGAAGAGCAGCGACGUCUCCGUCAGUGUGGGAGGGGUUCUGGCCACAUAUGAACCAGCAGGUUCGAGGAGAGUCUCCAGAGCAGCAGCAGACUGCGUGGCCUCCACACGCUGCCAGCCAGCCAAUCAGACUUCAGGAAGUCUGUCCUUCAGCUUCGCCGCCUGCUCCACCCCCACGGUCCACACCAUCUCCCCCAACCAGGGCUCCUAUCACCAAGAGAUCCGCAUCCAGGGAGGAGGCUUCAGUGACGUCACCUGUGCUAACGAG